CUGUAGUGUUUUAUUCCGACUGGCUCGACACUGGCUCCCCAAAUCGCUUUACGGUUAGGACUUCAACGGUUUUUCUAUGUCUGCGGGAUUUUUUUUCGGUUAAAGCAGUUAGAGAUAAGGAACGAGAACUAUAACGGAUUUAUCAUCGUGGAUAUUUUGUUACAUUUGAAGAUACCAGGCUUUCCUGUCAAUUAAAAGAUAUACUUCGUCCCCCCGGUACUGUGAUACAGGUGGUGUUGCAGCCCUGUGACGGAUUUGUCCUCUCAGCUGUCGGGUGUGAGGAGGAGAGGAAGCAAAAAUGCCGAAACCGAUAAAUGUCCGUGUGACCACCAUGGAUGCAGAACUAGAGUUUGCCAUCCAACCUAAUACCACAGGAAAACAGCUCUUCGACCAGGUGGUGAAGACGGUGGGACUGCGGGAGGUCUGGUUCUUUGGCCUACAGUAUGUGGACAGUAAAGGCUACAUUACCUGGCUCAAACUCAAUAAGAAGGUGACCCAGCAGGACGUGAAGAAAGAGAACCCUCUGCAGUUUAAGUUCAGAGCCAAGUUCUUCCCCGAGGAUGUCUCAGAAGAACUAAUCCAGGAGAUCACCCAGAGACUCUUCUUCCUACAGGUGAAAGAGGCCAUCCUGAACGAUGAGAACUACUGUCCCCCAGAGACAGCUGUGCUACUGGCGUCAUACUCUGUCCAGGCCAAGUAUGGAGACUACAACAAAGAUGUCCACAAGCCUGGGUACCUUACCCAUGACAGACUGCUGCCUCAGAGAGUCCUGGAGCAGCACAAGCUGACCAAGGAGCAGUGGGAGGAAAGGAUACAGACUUGGCACGAAGAACACAGAGGAAUGCUCAGAGAGGACUCUAUGAUGGAAUAUCUUAAAAUCGCCCAGGAUUUGGAAAUGUAUGGUGUCAACUACUUUGAGAUCAAAAACAAGAAGGGCACACAGCUGUGGCUGGGCGUGGAUGCCCUUGGCCUCAACAUCUACGAACAUGAAGACAAGUUGACACCAAAGAUUGGCUUCCCCUGGAGUGAGAUUCGAAACAUCUCUUUCAAUGACAAGAAGUUUGUCAUCAAACCUAUUGACAAGAAAGCACCUGACUUCGUGUUUUAUGCCCCGCGGCUGCGCAUCAACAAGCGGAUCUUGGCAUUGUGUAUGGGUAACCACGAGUUGUACAUGAGGAGGAGAAAGCCCGACACCAUCGAGGUGCAGCAGAUGAAGGCUCAGGCCCGGGAGGAGAAGCAUCACAAACAGAUGGAGAGGGCUCAGCUGGAGAAUGAGAAGAAAAAGCGAGAGUAUGCGGAGAAAGAGAAGGAGAGGAUAGAGCGUGAGAAAGAAGAGCUCAUGGAGAGGCUGAGACAGAUUGAAGAGCAGACGAUGAGAGCUCAGAAAGAGCUUGAGGAACAGACUCGCCGGGCCAUGGAGCUGGAGCAGGAGAGAAAGAGAGCGAGGGAGGAGGCCGAGCGGCUGGAGAGAGAGAGGCAAGCGGCUGAGGAGGCCAAGGGAGAGCUGGCCAGACAGGCUGAAGACCAGCAGAAGACCCAAGAACAACUGGCUGCUGAACUGGCUGAGUUCACAGCCAAGAUCGCUCUCCUGGAAGAAGCCAAGAGGAAGAAAGAAGAUGAGGCCACAGAAUGGCAGCACAAGGCUCUGUCAGCCCAGGAGGACCUGGAGAAGACCAAGGAGGAGCUGAAGACUGCAAUAUCAGUGGUGCCAGCACCUCCGGGCGGCAGUGCUGAGAGCGAGCAUGAUGAGCAGGACGAGAACCACGCGGAGGCCAGCGCAGAACUCUCAAAUGAGGGCGUCAGCCAGUUAGACCUCCGCAGUGAAGAGGCGCGUGUCACUGAAGCCCAGAAGAACGAGAGGGUCAAGAAACAGCUGCAGACAUUAAGUUCAGAGUUGGCUGAGGCCAGAGAUGAAACCAAGAAGACACAGAACGAUGUGCUACACGCUGAAAAUGUGAAAGCAGGCCGAGACAAAUACAAAACGCUGCGGCAGAUCCGACAGGGCAACACAAAGCAGCGCAUUGAUGAGUUUGAGUCCAUGUGAGAACAGCACCCCCGUCCCCUCGCCCCUCUUUGCCUCAGGGGUACCUGCUCCCGAACGUUCCCCUCAGCGGCUGCUCGAUUUUCAUGGACAACAGUUGCUGCCGUCCAUGUAAUCCCACUAAGUCCCCCUCAACACCCCCAGGCUUGAGAAAUCUUGAGAAAUCAUCUUGUCAAACUUUGCCAAAGUCCUGCUCCACAUCUCCACUCUGAAAGUUACGGAUAUCUCCCUCAUAUGGAGCUGCCUACACGUCACUCUGAAGAAGCAAAUAUUAUGUGUAAUUCUUAUGCACAGGGGAAAAGAGAAACUGUAAAACCAAAAUGGAAGCAAUUGGAUUUUUUAUUUUGAGCAAACAUGGCCAUACAAUACGGAGCCCCGUAAAGGUCCCGGCAAGAAUUUUUUUUGAUGGCUCCUUUUCUAUUUCCUUGCAAUAUGUUUUGCAUUACCUCACAAUACUUUUCUUCUUCUAUUCCUUCUGGGCCAUAUGUCUCUUUGGAAGGGAAGCUAGUGUGGACAUUCUCAAGUUAAUGCAUUUAGCAUUGUUUAUGGACACCUUACCAUAUGAUGUCCAUUGCAAAGAAGUUAUCACAUUAUCAAACUUCUGGGUAGGAGCUGUAUGUAAGGAAUAUCAAAUAUUGCUCCACACAUAUAGCAACAGGCCUUCUACCAAAAACCUGUUUUAGCAUAAACUGCACACCUGUAAUUUUGCCUCUGGAGACGUCUCCUUUUCCUCAGUGAAACCGCUCUGGGGUUCAGUACAGUAACUGUUUACGAAUGAAACCGACAGCAUCCUGCAGAUUACUGUACUGCUUUCUUCUGGAGAGACCUCUUGAUCUAAGAAUUUGUUUGUUUACUUUAAUUACAGAACCAUGCAUGCCUAUUGAGCAGUAGUACUAUAUCAACAUACUUAAUGCCCAGUUCAAAGUAAAAUUCAAUGAGCUGAUAUACUGUUGCGUUGCGCUGGGAGCAGCUGAGAAAUAGACAUAUGGCUCAGAAGGAAUGGAAGAAGAAAAGUAUUGUGAGGUAACGCAAAAUUAUUGCGCAAGAACGCAAAAUUUAUUGCGAGGGAAUGUAAAAGUAGUCCUCAAAAAAAUUCUCACUGUGACCUUUAGGGGGCUCCAUAAUAGAAAGCUACUUUACUUUUUUGUUUGUUUGUUUGGCUUGAGGACUUGUAUGCAAAGGUCUAGUGUGAUUCCAUGUCUUCAGUUAAAGAUUACCUGUCCUUCUCGUUGUUUUUAAGUUGUUUCCUUUUGUUGUUUCCUCCUUCCCUUGCUUUUGUUUGACUCGUUUUGUUCAUGGUGCCCUUGUUUGUAGUUGUCUGUCGAACACAUUGAUGCUAGGUUUAGUCCCAGGCUAUGAAUAAACCUGAAUAAAACUAGACUGGAGGUUGGGGAUAAAUUAGGUCACUAUUUUCAUUCAGCGUCAAAGUGCUGCUGUUACAUUAUGUCAAAGCAUACGACAAGCUAGUUAUGCUAAUUCUCUUAGCAUCUGCAACUCAGAGAGCUGAGCUGUGGUCAUUUCACUCGAUUCAAUCAGUUCAAAGUGUUGUUUGAAUGUUACAUUUAUAGGUUUAUAUACAAAAUGACACUGCAGUAUUUUAAUAGUUUCAUUUCAGGCUGAAUAUCAAGAAUGGCAGGUUUUUUUUCAGAUUUUGAUGAAAAUCCUUUCUGUGAAUGAAAUUGAAGUGAAUCGUAGGGAAAAGAGCCACCCAACUUGUCAAACGGCAGGUUUUGAUGAACGAAUGUAGCAAAGGUAACAAAGGGAAAGUGUUUUUUUACAUGCAGAGGUGAUAGAAUAGCAUGUAAUGAGCUUGUGCCACUGAGCUAUCGCCCUCACGCUAAAAAGUGUUAUGAAGAUAAGCUAAUUGGUAGUUGUGUAGCCGUGUGUGUGUUUUCCAUUGCAUCCCAGUGUUUCAUUCCCAGUCACCAUAGAUGGUUUUCUCUGCCUACCAGCUCACAAAGGAGCCCAGGGUAUUAAAUGGACAGACAGAGGAACCGAGAGAUGAGUACUAUGUCCUGGCUGUUUGUCUGUCUGUCCAACCGUUUGAGUGUAUCUGCGAGUGAGUGAGUGAAUACAAAUGUGUACGUGUGGAAGCGGAGGCCUGGCACCUCUCUGACUGGGGAGCUUAUGAAAACAUCAGUCCUUGACCCAGGACAAAUCUCUACCUCAGUAAUGUUAGCAGUGGUGACUGCCAGUCAAACACUCAGGGUGCCCCCCCCCCCAAAAAAAAAUAAGGUCAUGAUUUUAUUUGGUUGCUGUUACAUCUUUGGGUAGGCUACGUUUUGUCAGAGCUGAGUUAAUGAUUUCAAGAGAAUAUUAAAGGUCUAUGUAAAACAUACCUCCUAAGUGAGGUUGAAAGUGUUAUUUCUUACAUUUGAAGCUAGUUUUAGUCAAGGGUCUCUCCCCCCGGCCUUGCUCAGAUGUUCUGGUUCAUUCUCAUUUUGUCUGAAAAAAAUCCCAAACAAUGAGGAAGGUGAAAUAAAUAAUGCUGCGCAUAUCAGAAUGGAGAUGUACUGUAUGGAGAGAAUUUUCAGAUAAAGCUAGGUCAUUUUGUCAUUACCUGACAGAGUCUAGUGAGGCAUUUGGUUCUUAGGAGCCACAAGUUGUUGGUGGUGACAGGCUGGGUCUACAGAGCCGCCUGGACUCGAGACUCGUUUAAAAGAAGGCUCUCCUGUAUAAUAAUUGAAAUGGCCUUCAUUGUCUGCUCAGAACUUCACAGGCUUGUGAAUACGUAAAGAGAUGGGUUAUUAGUAGUUCUUAAUGUGAAGGGACCUUGCUAUUGUGAUUUAUGCAAAUCAAAGGCCAAUUUUCUUCCCCUAAAAUGUAUUAUAAAUUCUCAUCUAACAACAUUGCUCAGACAACAAAUUGACUCCAUCUUUUGUGGGAUGGAAAAUAUGUUCUGGGGUGCAUUUUUGAAAAGAAUUUUCCUUUUUUUUAUUAACAAUAUGAUGAAAAAUGUUUAUGGUAUUAUUUGUUAUGCUAUACUUGACAGCUGGUGUAGGUUGAUAUUUUUUUAAUAGUCAGAGUUUUAAAGUUAAAGCACUUGUUUGAAACAAGACACUGAAGCCUGCCUUUUGUGUUUAACUUCACAGUGUCCAUUGUUAGUGUUGUUUGCCAUAGCAGGUGAAAAAAUUAUCCUGUGCUUCCAGCUCAUAUUUUUGUAUUGUGUUCAAAGACCCUAAACCAGCAGCACGCAUCGCUGUACUGGACAGCUUCAUUGGAGGGGAAAACUCUUGUUGACACUCCCAAACCCCCCACAUUCAAGCUGUGAGGCUUCAGUUAGACUGUCUGUCUUCACAGCAGAAUGUUAUUGGCCUCCCUGUCUCCUCCAAUGAAGCCAGCGUCUGUGAUGAUGCCUGCUCUGGCACCAGCUGUCACGUUUUGCCGUUUCUUUUUUUUUUUUUGUAUUUUUUCCUUAUGUUCAUGUUAGUAUUCUUUAAGAUAAAAGGCACAGAUGGAUUGCAGUCCUUUUCAUUGGUUCACAAAUAAAAGUUUUAAAUUUUGA